AUGGCAAACCUUUUUGAGAAUCCCUCAUCACCACCUAAGGAAACUACACUCACACCAUCUAUCACACCUUCACCCACACCUACCUCUAAGAAAGGAAGGUUCAAGAUGAUUGCUCGCAAGGUAGUCGCUGGAGGAGAACAAAUCAAGAAAAUCAAUGAGCAAUUAAAAGCAAGUCGGGCAGAAGAACCCCAAAAAUUUGAAGAAUCAUUUAAGUGUGCAACUGAGGGGGAAGAAACUGUUUCAUAUAAAAUAGAGCAGGUAACAUCUAGUCAAAAAAUUACAUCUGAGACAAUCUCUGAGGUUGCUGAAAAACUGGAAAAUAGUUUGGUUUUGGUAGGAACUAUGGCUGGGGUUGAAACAACUGAAUCUGGAAAAUUGGGUAGUAAAAAUAAAAAGAAAAAAGAAAAAGAGAGUGAGGGUACUCAAGGUUAUGUGAGGGGAAUGGGAAAAGGAGCGGCUAAAUCUUCACCCACUCCUGUUGGGUUGACUGAAGAAACAAGAGCUAUGGUAGUGAGCAGUGAGGAAUCUGCUGGAGAGGAAGAAAGGAAGAAUAUUCAAGAACUUGUUCCAUCUGUGAAGGAACCCCUCGAAGAUCUAUUGAAACGAGUGUCUGACAGUUACAAUCCUAAACAGAAGAAGAGUUUAGGAGUUAAAAUCCUUGGAACUGUUAGGGCAAGCAAGAAGAGAAAGGCUGCCUCUUCUAUCCCUGUAGAGACUCCUCCUACAAGAGGAAGAGAUACAAGGAGUCAGAAGAAGCAAAGUGAGGCUGAACUGGAAAAAGCCCUAGAAGACAGUAAAAGAAAAGUUGCUUCAAAGGGAAAGAAGAAAAUGGUUGAGCAUGUUGAGGCAGUUGAAAUUAAGGAGAUGGACCUGGUUCUUCGUGAUGAAGACAAGGAAGAGGUUGCGACUCCAAAGACAAAGAAAAGAAAGACUUCCAAAAAGAAGUCCCCUUCAAAGACAAAGUCUGCAGAACCUUCUACCUUGGUGAAAAGAACUAAGUCUGUCGUGAAAUCUAGAAAGUGA